CGCGCUGAUAAAAGGCUGGGGCAGCCAGAGCCGCCUCCGAGGGAGGAAAUGCCCAAAUCGCAGCGUUUGGGCUGAGCAGCGAGCGCCCACCGAGCCACCGCGGCAGCCGGGCCAGCAGCAGCACGUCCCUGCGCACGGCGCCCCGCUCCUCGUGCCCCCUGCCCGCCGGGACCCCCGGCCAUGCGGGCGCUCAGCCUCGGCCUCGUGGCGCUGACCUGUGCCACGACGGCUCUGUGCGCGGCCGGGGCGCAGCGCCGGGGGCCGGAGGGGGGCGGCCGCCGCCGCUACCAGCGUGUGCAGCACGGCCACUGCAGCUACACGUUCGUGCUGCCCGAGGCGGAGCCGCCGCCGUGCCCACCCGCAGCCCCCGGCCCUGCCAAGGCGCUGCUGCAGCGGGACGCGCCGGCCGGCACCGGCCACGCCGCCACCCAGCGCCUGCGGCACCUCGAGAGGAUCCUGCAGAACAGCACGCAGUGGCUGCUGAAGCUGGAGAGUUACAUCCAGACGGGCAUGAAGCCGGCGAUGGUGCAGCUGCAGCAGACGGCGGUGCAGAACCAGACAGCCACCAUGCUGGAGAUCGGCAGCAGCCUCCUCAACCAGAGCGCCGAGCAGAGCCGCAAGCUCACCGACGUGGAGGCCCAGGUCCUGAACCAGACGUCACGCAUUGAGAUGCAGCUGCAGGAGAACUCCCUGUCCACCAUCAAGCUGGAGAAACAGCUGCUGCUGCAGACAAAUGAGAUCCACAAGCUGCAGAACAGGAACAACAUCCUGGAGGUGCGGGUGCUGGACAUGGAGACAAAGCACCAGGCGGAGCUGGCAGGAGCCCGCUCAGAGAAGGAGAAGCUGCAGCGCCUGGUGAGCCGGCAAAGCGGCACCAUCGAGGAGCUGGAGAAGUCUCUGGUGGCUGCCAACGCCAAUGCCAGCCUGCUCCAGCGCCAGCAGCUCCAGCUCCUCCAGUCAGUGCAGAGCCUGGUGCGCCUCGUCUCCCAGGGCAGAGCCCCACUGCCUGGGCAGGAGCAGCUCUUCCAGGACUGUGCCGCGGUGCGCCGGGCUGGCAUCCGCGCCAGCGGCGUCUACACCCUCCACAUCGCCAACCUCAGCGAGCCCAAAAAGGCGUACUGCGACAUGGACACAGACCGAGGCGGCUGGACCGUCAUCCAGCUCCGCACCAAUGGCAGCCUCAGCUUCCAGAGGAGCUGGAGGGAGUACAAGCAGGGCUUCGGGGACGCGGCGGGCGAGUACUGGCUGGGUAACGAGGCCGUGCACGCCCUGAGCAGCCAGGAGCCCUACGCCCUGCGCGUGGAGCUGCGGGACUGGGAGGGGGGACAGGUCUAUGCCCACUACGGCAAGUUCCAGCUGGGCAGCGAGCGGCAGCUUUACAGGCUGUCGCUGCAGGAUUACAGCGGCACAGCCGGGCAGCAGAGCGGCCUGGCACUGCAGGGCACCCGCUUCAGCACCCGCGACGCCGACAACGACAACUGCCUCUGCAAGUGUGCCCAGAUGCUGUCCGGAGGCUGGUGGUUCGAUGCCUGUGGCCUCUCGAACCUGAACGGCAUCUACUACCCGGCACGGCACAACAUCCGCAAGCUCAACGGCAUCCGCUGGCACCACUUCCAGGGCCCCAGCUACUCCCUGAAGGGCACCCGCAUGCUGAUCCGACCCGCCGGCUUCUAGGUGCCAGCAGCCUGGCAUGGGGAGCAGGGACGGCGUGGGGGCACCAAGCCCUCCUGGCUGCUGCAGGGAAGCUGUUCCCUCCGCAGUUUUAUACCCUUGUUGAUUUCUCUCCCGUGGCAGCGGCACCGGGGGCCAGGGGCUGCAGGAGCUGGGCUGGGAGCUCUGCCUUGAACCACACCCUGUGCCUCCGAAGUGGGCUUCAGCAGACUUGGACCACCCCAUCCCACCUCAGCCUCUCCCCCUAUCCUUCCACUGGGCCUCCAGCGUUUGUGCUGGGAAGGAAUGUCUGAGCCCCCAAGGGACCCCCUGCACACCCAGCCAGGCUGCAAGGCACAGCUGGGGCUCUGCCUUUGCUGGUUUGGGACAUUGCAAAGCUCCCACUGCCCUGCUCCCCUGCAGGAUUAGGGGAGCUGAGGGGGACAGGGACCCUCAGGAGGGUGAGGGGCCAGUGCCAUCCAUCCUCCCUCACCACGGCCGUGGGGGGGGGCACAGGCUGCCCCCUCCUGAGGGAAUGGCCAGAGCCACUGUCCCCAUGCACAGCAGGGUGGGGGUCGGUGUACCCAGCCCCCAGGAUGGACAGAGGGAGCAGGGGAGUGGCUUUGGGGACCUUGGGGGACCAGCCCUGGGCUGGAAGGUGCUUGCUGGGGAGGCUGCACCAACAGGGGGCUGGCAAGGCUCUGGGAUGGGCAGGAUGGGUUUGAGGGGUCACAGGUGAGGAGGGGGCUGUGACUGGCAGCAACAGUGGCAGCUAUCAGGGACUUGCUGCCUCCAUGACCCCCCAGGCACCCCUGUACCUCUCUCCCCAAAACCUGUCCUCCUCACUCCAGGCAGUGGGUGACAGCAGAGACCCUGCAGAGCAGAGGUGCCAGUACACCCUCCAUUGCCACUUACUCCCUGCCACAGCUCCUGGAGGACAGAGCUCAUACUCCAGCAUGGGACAAGAGAUGCAGGGACACGGUGUCCCCCACAACAGGAUGGUGGCAAGGACAGUGCAGGAGCCUCCCAGGGCCCUGCCAUCCCAAGGCAUUCCUAAUUAACAGUGAUUAAAGCCCUUGACGUAGCUGGAGCACUUCCAGAGGCUGCUCAUUAAGCACAAUAAUUAAAACAUGGAAAAUACAGGGUGUGGGGGCUGCCCAGGAGCCUCUCCCCAUUCCCAGCGAGCUGCAGGGCAGGUGGCAACCGCCCCAUGAGCCUGGCUCCCAACCCGGGCUGCUGCUGCUGUGCUGUCUCUGCCAGCUGCACACCUGCAGCUACCUGAGCGUGGGGCACCCAUGGGAGACCCCAGCAUGGAGGGGUGAGGGGCAUGGACACCCCCCCUCCUCCCAAGGAGUAAGUGACGGGCUCAGCUGUGGCUGCACACCCACAGCGACACCGGAGCCACUGAGAGGCAGCUGCCAGGGAAAGUGA